AUGGUUUGCUACGACAUGGUCAGAUCCAGCGACAACAAGCCAAUAUGGCGUCCUCUGGCUCACAAGUUCUCGACGCUCAUCCUCAGAAGAAAACCCAGUAAACAAAAGACCAGAAUCGACAUUGACGAGAAGAAUGACGAACUCAACUUCAAACCCCUCGAGGUCCGAUCAAAUGUCCUCGACGGCCUUCACGUUCCCAAUAGCUGGCUCGUCGAGUCUCCUUCAGCUACCUCCCACGACAAGCUUACCCUCCCCGCCAUCAAUCUCUCCGAGUCACAAAAAUCCCCGCGAUCGCGAGGUCGUAUCUCCAAGGAUAUCUCAAGGCCUUUGACUAUUGGCGAUGUCUCCGCUUUGUUCAAGACGGAGCAAGAUCGUGCUUCGGCGCUGGCAAAUCUUACUGCCUCAGACACAGCUCCCACAGAGGAGCGCAGUGUGCUGGAUCGUGGUCGACCUGUUGAGCCUCGGCAUUUAAUACACCAACCUGCCCAGCGCACCAAGCGCAAGUCGCUGCCUUUGGAGUUGAUGUUUACAGCACCAGCAUCAAAUGAAGGACCCUCCGACACUGCCACUUCUAAUAACGACACCACUACCAAGAUUGACGUCGCUUCUCCAUCUUCUUUCCAGGAAUCUUCUCCUUGGACUGCUGAGCAUAGAAGACGAUCUACUAUUCGCAUCGUCGACCGAUCACCUACACGAGCCGACGAGACCAAGACCGAAACGACUUCCACGACCACUCCCCAAGACGAGCCUCAACCUCGCGUUAGCCAAUCCAUCCCGCGAAAGCCUGUCGCUCCAGCCCCAGCUCCUACAGCCAUGCAACCACCUUCUACCACCACCACCACCAACAACAACAACUCUGAUACCCCAUACUCCACAUCUGUAACCCGCCUCAAACCCAAACAACCCUCCAAGCUGAGCGACCGCCUCUCCUGGAUCAAGAACCUCGAGGAGAAGAACAACGACCGACCAAACAAAGACCUAGCCGAGCUCCCCAAGCGAGCCGGCAGCGUCUCCGACAAGCUAGCCAUGUUUGAGAAGAAGAACAUGACCGCCGCCAACAAGCAGCACCUUCUCGCGCCUACACGAACGUACUCUAGCAGUCACUCAAGCACAUACUCGAGCACCUACAACUCCGCGCGCGGUCGCGAGAGUAUCUUCUCCACGGACAGCAACCCAGCUGUGUCAUCGACGCGAACAUCAAUUGAUACCACGCAUCGCGCUUCUUCGGUGAUGAGUUACUACGAUGACUCGUUCCGACAGAAGCUGGAGUCGCUUGUCGGGCAGGAACCUGUUGAGGCGGAGGCUGGCAAGACUGAGGAGCAGCAGCAGCAGCAAUAA